GUUCUGGCUCCAGAGGGAUGCCCUGUAGUCUGGAAUGACAGGUGCCUACAUGGCCAGGUUGAGGGAGAGGGAGGCCUGAGGGGUGAGAGUCAGCAGGUUGGGAUGAAUCAGUGUGCCUUCCCCUGCAGGCUGCCUCAGAAGGCGAGGCCGAGUUGUCAGCCCUGGAAAACUUUAACUUUGGCUGCUGAGUCACAAGCCCCGGGAAGCCCAGGGGCCACACUGGGAGGCUAAAAGGGAUAGGGGAGACAGAAGGAGGCCCUUGAUCAUAGAAAAAGAAAGAGUGGUUUUGGGAUCUUGAGGAUUGAGAUGACCACGAGGUCUGGGGAGAUGCUGUGGAGCUCAGGACAAAGCUCCUCGGUGACCCAUCUUCCAGCCUAUUCUCUGCAUCCCAGAGCUACUGCCUGAGUCCAGAUUCUCUGGCCAGAGUUAUACUGAAGCUUUUCAUUUGCAGUUUCAUGAAAAAUGCAAGUGGCUGCUAGAGCAUUUCCAGCUCCCUUUACCAUGUUUUGUUUUCCCUGCCUUCCUCCUGUUAUAGAUUUCUAGUAACACCCUGAGAUUCCACAAUUGAGAUUCAGACUCCACUGUCAUUUACCAAGAGCCUCCCAUAUGCCAGGGUCUGUGCUAGGAAUUGCAUGGAAAUCUCAGUUAAUCAGACCCUGACUUGGAAACACCUGUACACAAAGUGUCCCAACUACAAGCAAGUUCCUCUUUUUCUUUAAAGCCACAGGGUCUGCUUUCCUCCUUAAUACACCCCAAGUGUACCCUAACAGGCAGUUCUCCUUGUGUCAUUUGCCUUGUGGAGGUGAAUGAACUUUUUCCAUAGGCCAAAUUCCAGAGGGUUAGGUAUGGUUAGCAUGGAUUCUGGACUUAAGGUAGUAAGCAGAGGUCCAGAAGUGUUCCAGAAAAUGCAGGCCUGACAAAAGCUCCCGAGCCGCUCUCCCCCUCCCAGGCUGGCAGCCAGGAGUGGUUAUUCUCCAGCUCACCUGUGGCCAUGAGAUGUAUGUGAUGUUUGCUCACUUUGCUACUGACCCUGGAGAUGUUUUGUGAUUCAGCCACCUGGCUUUGAAGUGGCCUUUGGCAACACAGAAUUUUUUUCCUGCUUGUGAUGACAAAUGAAAUGCACAACAUUUCAUUAAAACACAAAGUCCUGUUUUUAGAACUGAAUAAUCAGCCACUCCCUUACUCUUUCUCAAUGGAAGGAAGGAAUUCUGCAUAUUUUUCCUGUUUUGAGGAAAGGUGCCAUACAUGAUCCUUUAGAACCCAUGGAAAGGACUCUAGUGUGUUUUGAGCUUUAGAAUUCUAGAAGCAAAGUCUAGUAUCUAGGAGUUGUACAGCCCAUAGACUUAUGGUUCUAGAAGUCCUCUAAAUUUGUAGUUCUAGAAGUUCUCUCUGACUGUGGGAACCUCGAGUGGGGAUGGUAGUUUCAGUAUGCGCCAUAGCACCAAGCUUUGUACUAAAGCUGUGCUGGAUGCCCUGGAGGAACAAGGAGGCCUCCAGUCCCUCUUCUGCUAACCCCACCUUGGAGGCCCUCCAGAGCCCCAGCUCCAGAGGCAACAUGGCAGACAAGCUGAAGGACCCGAGCACCCUGGGCUUCCUGGAGGCCGCCGUGAAGAUCAGCCACACAUCCCCAGAUAUCCCGGCCGAGGUGCAGAUGUCGGUCAAGGAGCACAUCAUGCGUCACACGCGGCUGCAGCGACAAACCACAGAGCCAGCGUCAUCCACCAGGCACACGUCCUUCAAGCGCCACCUGCCACGGCAGAUGCACGUCUCCAGCGUAGACUACGGCAACGAGCUGCCGCUGGCAGCAGAGCAGCCCACCAGCAUUGGCCGCAUCAAGCCCGAGCUCUACAAGCAGAAGUCAGUGGAUGGGGAGGACGCCAAGUCCGAGGCCACUAAGAGCUGCGGGAAGAUCAACUUCAGCCUGCGCUACGACUACGAGAGUGAGACCCUGAUUGUGCGCAUCCUGAAGGCCUUUGACCUCCCUGCCAAAGACUUUUGUGGAAGCUCUGACCCUUAUGUCAAGAUCUACCUCCUGCCCGACCGCAAAUGCAAGCUGCAGACCCGGGUGCACCGCAAGACCCUGAACCCCACCUUCGACGAGAACUUCCACUUCCCCGUGCCCUACGAGGAGCUGGCCGACCGCAAGCUGCAUCUCAGUGUCUUCGACUUUGACCGCUUCUCCCGCCACGACAUGAUCGGCGAGGUCAUCCUGGACAACCUCUUUGAGGCCUCUGACCUGUCCCGGGAAACCUCCAUCUGGAAGGACAUCCAGUAUGCCACGAGUGAGAGCGUGGACUUGGGAGAGAUCAUGUUCUCCCUCUGCUACCUGCCCACAGCAGGCAGGCUCACCCUCACGGUGAUUAAAUGCCGGAACCUCAAGGCGAUGGACAUCACAGGCUAUUCAGAUCCUUAUGUCAAAGUGUCCCUGCUCUGUGACGGGCGGAGGCUGAAGAAGAAGAAGACAACCAUAAAGAAGAACACUCUCAACCCUGUCUACAACGAGGCCAUCAUCUUCGACAUUCCCCCGGAAAACAUGGAUCAAGUCAGCCUGCUCAUCUCGGUGAUGGACUAUGAUCGAGUGGGCCACAAUGAGAUCAUAGGAGUCUGUCGUGUGGGGAUCAACGCCGAAGGCCUGGGCAGGGACCACUGGAAUGAGAUGCUGGCGUACCCACGGAAGCCCAUUGCACACUGGCACUCCCUGGUGGAGGUAAAGAAAUCCUUCAAAGAGUGGCAGGGCCGAGCUGCCAGCUUUGACAGUGAGAGCUCCUGUCCGUCUCCGAAACCACCUCCGACACCAUGAGCUGCACAGCCAAGCAACGCAAACGGGACUCAGCAAUGCUCUUUUCACACUUGUUCAACCGUCUAAACACAGUGUCGUGCAGUCGCGGCGGCAGCUGCGGCCGUCUGUCACUCAGAGUCUUACCUGCUCCUGCGCAGGUCAAGGCUGAAACGCUUGUCGUGUGGUCAGAUCUGUCUUAGUCUUUUCUGUCUCCCAAGGUGAUGUUUUUGUGGUUUUCACUUUUUAUGGGUCUGCAGUCAAGAAAAGAAGGGGAAAAAAAAAAGAAAAACAAUAGGAAAAAUCAAAGGGUGAGAGCCCAGAAGCUGGAUCUAUAAAAUAUGAUGUAAAAUAGCAGUAGAGGUGGAUUUUCAGGAGAGGUGGAUUGAGUUUCUGAAAUUUUGUGUUUCCACCAAGCUCUGCAACCCUGGAGAAGGAGGAGGUGGGGUGGAGCUGUGGCUGCAUUUUCAGUGCCCUACAGAGCGGCACAAAUCAAUCCUGGAGCCUUUAGGGGCCUGAUUAUUAUUCUUUGAAGCUCUUCACUGGUGGGACAUAAACUAAGAUGGGACUCCUGGUCCCGUGUUGAAAUCACGAGACCUCUGAGGUGUUCGUGAGCCUUCAGCUGGUGUGCAGGGUUGCCCUUGGCUUUCUUCGUGAAUCGAAAACGUCCUGAUUCCUCGUGGGAACUUAGUCACUUUCUGUAGGAACGGUUCUGCUGAAACUAAACAUGCCAUAUGUUUUCUGACGCACCACAGUUAAUGAUCACAUUUGUUUGAAAACAGAAUCUUUGUUCUCAAAAAUAACCUUCAUUGUAAAGAAAGAGAGGCACAUAUGUUCUGGAAUGAUUUCUGUGUUAUACAUAGCUUUAUAAUUCCAUGAAGUAUCAAGCAGCUUUUUAAAAUGCCUAAACAGAUCAAAGAAAAACCUAGAUAAAAAUGUUCUUUUCUGAAUGGGGAAUUUUGAAAUCCAAGUAGCAGUCUGAGUCCAUCUUUCUAUGAAGAGUAUCUGCUUGAUUGAAACUAAGUCAGCGUAAGCCUAUUUCAGCCCCAUUGACUCUGGGACAAUAUUUAUCUUAAACUUUAGUUCUAUAAAUUACUAAGUACUUCAGUGUUGUUUGUUUCAGUGGUUGUGAGGGUUUUUUGUUUCCUUUAGAUCUCUACCUUAGGCCAAGCUCAGUUAGGGGAAAAAAACAUUUGAACUGCUCUGUAUUGUAAUAGCACAUUUCUGUUAAUAGUGGCCUUCCCACCACCCCCUCAGACAGGGUGAUCUGCUCAGUCUCGGUCUGUACAGCCCUGGUAGGCACACGGAGGGGAGUUUCUACUUCAGCUUGUGACUACAAUGCCAGUUUCCAGCUGUGUGUAUGACUUGCAAGAGGCAAGUCUGCUAGAGAACCCCUUCUUUCAACAACAGAAGGUCAAGAACAUAAAAACUAUUCACACACCUUGUGUCUUAUUCUUGAUAUUUGUCACAUGCUGUAGAAGCAGCAACAAUAAAUAAAUAAAACAACCCUCAUUUUAAGCCAAGUUACCAGGUUUCUUUGCUGAUAUAACUUGGGGUAAUGUCUUCUAGCACUAAAAAUGACCAGAUUGGGCAUGAGCUAACAGGAUAUUGUGGCAAAAGAAGUUUUCAACUUAUAAAAGUAAAUGUGGAUAAAUCUAAAUUCCACCCUGUACUGAGCCUCAGGCUAGGGACUAAUGUAUAAAGAUCACUUUCUACCCCAAAUGUCUUGUGAUUGACGGGCCUUCCUAGUCAGGCACCCCUGCAUUUGGAUGUUCUCUUUUUUUUUUUUUUUUUUUUUU